AUGGAGCUCCGUCGCCGCUCCAAGCGCAGUCCAUUCUCCUGCGCCGUACUGCUCCUCGGCUUCCUCAAUUUCACUACCGCCAUUCCAUACACCCCAUCCUCCAUCUUCCUCUCUCCAUCACACAAUGACUCCCUUGCCUACCUGCUGCAGCCUAGCAGCUCCACCGAGGGCAAGACCGAGUUCCUGUCGCUGAACAUCUCCACGAACCUCGACUCCCAAAACCCCACUUACCAUACCUUGCUCGCAGAGACCCCAUUCCAGAGUACCAAGCAGAACUCGACCUUUGUUCCCGUCAUUGACGACCGCGGCAUCAUUUCAGUCUACGCAGGCAACUGUCACCAUGGAUCGGAGACCGACACCCUGUGGCGCUUUCAGCCCGACAACACCAGCUCGAUCGGCAAUGGAUCCUGGACGCAGUUCGCCGUGAACUCGGAGGAGGACAAUUCAAGACCGAAUUACCUGGCUGCUGGUUUCUCAUUCGUACCCAACAACACGACUGGAACUAUAUUCUACUCGUUUGGGGGGAUGUGUCCCUUUGCAAACAGCACGGACGAUACCUGGGUUUCCGCGGCAAACUAUUCGCAGUCCAUGGUUGUUAUGGAUCCUGAUUCGGAUAGCGACACCGAAUACAAUGCUGCGAUUACGGGAGACCGCGCACCGCCUGUCCGCGAGGCAGGAAUGGCUGUCGUUCCACUUCCAGCAACGACUUCGCGGACCCAGACCCAACAAGACUUCCUGUUUGUCGGCGGCCAUACACGAGAGGCCUUCCUCAAUAUGUCCCAGCUCGCGAUUUUCUCGGUACCGCAAGAAAGCUGGACUUUCAUCACCGUUACCUUGGAUCCCAAGUCUAGGACGGAACUAGCAGUGCGAGAUGCCGUCACGGUAGAGCCUCGAUCUGGACAUGCCGUCGUUCUGUCGAAGGAUGGGACGAAGGCCUAUGUGGUUGGAGGCUGGGUCGGAGACACCUCUACGCCUGCUGAUCCUCAAUUUGCAGUCCUUCAUAUUGGGGAAGAGUAUGGCGGCAAUGGUGAAUGGGCCUGGACUGUCCCCUCCUCCGAAGGAGUGGGGAUUCCCGAGGGAACCGGACUAUUUGGUCACUCGGUAGCAAUGCUAUCUGGAGGCGUGUUGAUGAUUGCCGGAGGAUACAGCAUUCCCAAACAAUCGUCAUCAAAACGUGCAAUGUCUCUGGCAGAACGUAAUUCCCAGGUCUAUCUCUACAACACUACCUCAAGCAGCUGGGUGACUUCCUAUUCAAAUCCUUCUGCCAGCUCUACGUCUACAGCAGCAUCUCAUCACCACGCGCUAUCUUCCGGUCAGAAGGCUGGACUCGGAGUUGGGCUAGGUCUUGGAAUACCUCUUGUCCUCGCAAUUGCAUUCUGUGUAUGGAGAUACCAUCGGAAGCGCACUUUACGAAGCAAGCGAGACUCACAACUUCGUGAGCUGGCCCUGGGCGCUGAACGGGCUCACUUCUGGGGUCGAGAUGAGCGCCAUCAGGCAAGCAGUAUCCGGAGCUCGCAGAUGAGCGAGAAACAAGACCCAGUUCCCGCGUAUCCCUGGUCUGCCAAUCGCAGUGUCAUCUCGCGGCCUGCAUCAUGGACAGACUCUGGCGAUGGAGCUGCAGAGAGGACCGGUCUGCUGACGGACUCUUCCGGUAGUCCAACCAAAGGGACACGCCCUAUGAGCCAGCAAAGAUCGUACCGCCCGUCCAGCUACGCCGAUUACCGCCGUAGCGAUAACACGAGCGAGAUUCACCCAAUUGACGAGCGCGAAGAGGACGAGGCAAUGUUUCGGGAACGCCUCAUGGCAACAAUCCCGAAGGAAACAAAGCCUGCCAUUCAGGACACGGAUGAUCCAUUUGCAGAUACCCCAUUUGUAACCCCCCGGACCACCAUCUUUGGUGUUGGCCUAGGACCAUUCUACAGCCGACGAAAGGAUAAUGGCUCCGUAUCAGACGGACGUGCCUCUCCCGCUGGGAAGAGUGACCGAACAUCCACUAACCUCUCUGACUCCUCGGCCUUCUCCUUCUGCUCCGCCACAACUAGGCCCACCGGGCAUGUCUCCCAGGCUCGAGGCGUGCUUGUCGAACGGCCAUUGAGCUGGGCCAGCAGCGGUGGUCGCUCUGCGGACCAGCUUGCAGCGGGGUCGACAAAUGGCGAUGGGGAGGGAGUAAAUGCCCCUUCGAUAAAAUCCUUCUCAACGGAUUCCUACUCAACCGCCCAAACCACCUUCUCCCACCGGCAGGCCGAGAAUGAAUCUCUCCUACACGAUGGAACGGAAAUCAUCACCCCUAUAACCCCAACCGAAUCCUCGCCCUCCAAACUCCCACCGGGGUCCAAGCCCAGAGCGUCAGACUGGAUGCUCAACACGGUCCGCCGCGCUUUAACUCUCACCCGUCGUAGCGGUCCAUCCACCCAGCACGAUGACCAGGUCGAUGAAACAGCUUACCUAGCCUCAGGCAUCGACAGGCGCAGCACUUUCCUAGGCUCCGGUCCCACGCCUAUUGCCAGCAGCACUACUACACCUCGCCGCGCAGUGAGUGCUUCUGCAGAACUUUUCCGCCGCAAACAAGGCGCGAAGGACUGGAACGCGAAGAAUCGCCUGUCCGAGGGACCCCUCGUCAUGCCCCGUGGUACGCGCGAUGACCUCUAUAUUGGGGCACCGGGUUAUCUGGGCAAUGACGAGACUUGCGACGAGUACGAGGAUGACUGGGAUGUCGAGGGUGCGGCGGAGGGUCGCAGUGUGCAGAUGACGUACACGGUGCCUCGUGAGAAGUUGCGGGUUGUCAAUGCUUCGGCUCGGGAUAUGGAUAAUAUCUCGGAACGAUCUAUCAGUGGGGGGUUUCGGCGUAUCAGCGACUCGAUAAGUCAUCGACGAGUUAGUCGUUAG